AUGAAGCUGACUUUGGUCCUCCUUCCAGCCGUUGCGGCUGUCAAGCCGCUGGUCGACCUUGGAUACGCCAAGUAUACCGGCACGGACAAUGGCGACGUGAGCCAAUGGCUGGGGAUCAGAUACGCGGCGCCGCCAGUUGGGCGACUGCGGUUCACCAAGCCGGCGGACCCGAUCCCUGAGAAAAAAAUCCAACCGGCAGACAAGCACGGCUUGAUUUGCCUCGGAACGGGCCAGCCGCCAACAGACGACACGUUCAAGGCACAAUCAGAGGAUUGCCUUUUUCUCGACGUGUACGCGCCCUCGAACGCGACUACAAACUCCAAACUGCCCGUCUACUUCUUCAUCCAGGGCGGCGGCUUCGUGUCCAACAGCAACAGUAACUAUAACGGUAGCGGGCUGGUGGCGGCCGGUGACCACGGCCUCAUAGUCGUCACCUUCAACUAUCGUGUCGGCGCCUACGGGUUCCUGACCGAUGGCGACCGUGCAACACCAAACAAUGGGCUCUGGGAUCAGGUCAAGGCAUUGGAGUGGGUGCAUAAGCACAUUGCCAAGUUUGGCGGCGAUCCAAAGCAUGUAGUCAUUGGGGGAGACUCAGCGGGCGCGGCGAGUGUCUCAUACCACUUGACUCGGGGCGGCGGUCGAAACUACGGCCUCUUCAUCGGGGCGGCCGCGGAGUCGGUAUCGUUCUCGACAGUCCUGACGACCAAAGAAUCGCAAUACCUGUACGAUGGGUUCGCGGUGCGGGCUGGGUGUGCCACAAAGGAUAGUCUGCAGUGCCUGCGGAGCAAGUCGACCAAGGAGCUUCAGGAAGCCAACGUCAACGUCCAACCCCUCCCUGGCGCACAGAACCCUCAGCUGUUCGCAUGGAACCCAGUCAUUGACGGUGAUUGCAUCACAGAGCUCCCGUACGAUGCUUACAAGAAGGGGCACUUUGUACGGGUCCCAGUCAUCGUCGGCGACGACACAAACGGCGGGACUAGCUUUGCGCCCCAAGACACGACGACUCUGCCGGAGAUGAACACGUUUCUCCGCGACCAAUUUCCGCUGCUUACGCCGUCUGACCUCGAGACAAUCGACGCCCUGUAUCCGAAUGCGAACGACACCUGUCCUCACGUUGGCUGCCGCUGGAGGCAGGUCAGUGACGCCUACGGUCAAAUGCGGUACAUGUGUCCCGGUCUCUACAUCAGCCAGCAGUACGUGUCUCGACGUUCGCCAUCGUGGGCGUAUCGCUGGAACGUAGAAGAUCCAGCACAGAUCGCCCAGGGCUUGGGCGUGCCGCAUACGGUCGAAGUGCACGCCAUCUUUGGGCCUACAAACACCAAGGGCGCACCAGCAAGCUACAAUGGCAGCAACGCGCAUGCCGUCACGGUCGCCCAGGGAUACUGGACGAGCUUCAUCCGCACGCUGAACCCCAACACCCAUCGUGCCCCGGGAUCAGCUGCGUGGACGUCGCGCGGUCGGCUUGUGGUAAAUACUGGUGGACGCACGCAGAUGGAGGACAUCUCUGGGAAUUUGCGACGGGCUUGCCAGUUCUUUGCCGAUAUUGGAUCAAGGAUCAAGCAGUGA